UAUAUUAUUAAUUAAAAGAUAAGAUUCGAGGGUCAAGUCUAAAGGUCUAAGGUUUUAUCUGUAAAUUUCGACCCUUCUUAAUGUUUGCUGGUGGGUUUAGUACCCUUUGUUUGCUCCACUUGAGAAGGAUCGUCAAAAUGACUCUUCACGCUGAAAACAACAGACAGUUGUGAUGAUUGUAGAAGUGAAGCUUUUUUUGGUUAAAAGACCCGAAAUUUUAUUGCAAAAGCUAACUAGAAGUUCAUUUGCAGUUAAAUUUUGUCGAAUGGAGUUUUAGUGAAUAAAAUGGAUCAAAAUUGUGAUGAUAUAUUGAAAAUUAUUGUAAGAAACCGAGAAUAUAAUGUUUCUAAAAAGUUCAUUUGUUCAAUUGUGCCUUACUUUGACAAAGUGUUUAGUUGUGAUUUGUUUGAACCCAAGUCAAACAAAGUGGAACUAGAUUUUGACGAACACGUCUUUGAUUCUAUUCUUAACUGGAUUCACACAGGAUUGUUCAUCAUUCAGAUGGAAAAAGUUAUCAGUUUUUAUGAAGCAUCUGCUUAUUUAAUGAUCAAUGAUCGUUUGUUUGAGCCUUGUUUCAAUUAUUUCCACUUUAAUUUCAACAUUAAACAUAUUCCAGUUGUUUUACAACAAGUCACCAAAGUGUCCAAGUUGAUUGAUUCAGGGUCGAUUGAAAACUUCAUCUGUCGCCACUUCUUGAAGAUCACACAUACAGAUAUCUUUUUAAAUUAUCCAGUUGAGGCAGUUGAAGCUAUUUUAAAAUUGGAUUUGAUGAUUCACUCUGAAUAUCAAAUAUUUGAAUCAAUCAUGAAAUGGGCCGAAGAGGAUGAUUCCAGGGAAAAAUGGAUUCCACAGCUAUUGAACUGUGUUCGUUGGUCUUUUAUGGAUCCUCGUGAUAUGCCCAAAGCAAUGAAUGAUGAAUAUAUCAAGACGUUUACUAAUUUAGAUUCAAUCAUCUGUUCUAAUGUUAAAUCUUAUUCAGAUCGCACUAAACAAAGCUUCUUUAUUUCUGUUCAUCGAAUGGACAAUUCAAAUCUAAAAGUAAAUGUGCUCGAUAAAGACUUAUUUUGUUUACCGAUUGGUGAUUUCACUCAAGACGAUUCAAUGGCACCUGAAUUUGUUCCUGGAGAACACAUUUCAGAUAUUUUAUUUGAUUCUGGAAGAGAAGGAAUUCGAAUUGAUUGGUCCAAAAAGACAUUUCGGUGGCUCAACUUCAAAGUUGCUGGUAAAACCUAUUACAGUCAAUUGAUUGAAGUUUUUGUAAACUUCUCAGAUGAUUUUAGAGCCUUUUCCUAUUAUUUGGAAGACAAAGAUGCGAAACUACCGGAUAUGAUCUCCUGCGACGAGUUCGUGUUCCUCGAAUCCAAUGGCAAAUAUAUUUUGAUUGGUAAAACUAAAGACGAAAAGAAAUGGUUUGGUUCUUUUUAUGGUUUCCAUCGGAAUUGGUUCAAAGUGUACAAAGAUCAUGAACGAUCCUUUCAUGCCACUGUUUUGGACAAUGUUGUUUACAUCUUGACAGAGGAUCUCGAAUUUAUCCAAUUCAAUUACGAAACUCAGUGCUUCAACAAGAGUAAACCGUUCGAAGACAAAAAAUUAGAUUUCGAUGAUUUAAUCUUUAUUUCUCGUCAAACAGGAGAUGACAAAGUAAUUCUGGUUAAUAAAUCGUCCGGGGAAAUUCAUGUUUUCUAUAUUAAUGAAGAGGAAUGGAUUGAGAAAUAUCGAAUUAUGAAUGUUAAUGUGGGUUUCGAAGGCGCUAGUGUAUAUGCUGAUGGAUUGAUUGCCUUUACUUCAACGUUUUUAUCCAUGAAAAAUAUCAAUCCUUUGUUCACGCAGAAUAUAUCUUUCAACUAAAUAUUGAUAAUUCAGUUCAACAAUAAUUAAAGAUUCAUAAAAGUGAAUGUCGCCAUUUUUCGUGAAUUUAUGUAAAGUUGCUUAAAUGUCGAUGCAAAGAAAUCAAGUUACAGUUACAAGAGAAAAAAUAAAGGCCAUUUUGAUGAUCGAUGAUGUUGGAUCCAUCUCUAUUUCAAACAAUACACUCCAUUGUGUAUUUAAAACAGUACCUCUAACAAGCUAACAUUAUUUGCAUCUCGACGGAAAUACCGAUAUUAUAGUAGCAAUUAUG